UCCUAGUUACUUUGUCGGUUGGCUUCCUUUGCCUGUCAGCUGUGCAGUCUAUAACAACAAUAACUGCUACGAAGAUAUUCGUAUUGCGACGUCAGUCGCUGAGUCAACAGGACAAGUCCCAGAGGAAAGAAGGAAGACUUGAAGAGAGCAUUGUUCAUCUCAGAUGAAAAGGAGAGACAGGUGAUGCACAAUGGAGGAUUUCAGGCAGGUGUACCUGCGUCUGUGUAAGGAGGGCGGUGCGGAGCCUCAAGAGAGUGUUGUGGCUCAGCUCCAGGAGAGCAGGGCUGCUCAGGGCUCUAGACUGGACCUGAGUGGACACAGCCUGUCUGCAGAUACCUGCUCUGUGCUGGCCAGGGCCUUCCAAAAUGAUACCGGGUUUACAGAGGUGGUGCUCAGUGACUGCAUGCUCAGCGAGGAAGGUGCCAAAGUACUUCUGACUGGACUGUUUGGCAACACAACUGUAAAAGUCCUGGAUCUGAAGGGAAAUAACCUGAGAUCGACAGGGGCAGAGAUGUUGGGAAAGCUGUUGGCACGUAACAAUACUCUGCGUAGGCUGGUGUUGGAGUGGAACGCUUUGGGAGUGUGGGACGAAGCCUUUUCACUCUUUUGUGAUGGUUUGGCGUCCAACAGCGUGCUGACACAGCUGGACCUGCGCAACAAUCAGAUCAACCACCACGGAGCGUCUGAGCUCGCUCUGGCUCUUAAACGCAACACCACUGUGCAGGUGCUAGAUCUGAGGUGGAACAACAUUGGUCUGCUGGGUGGCAGGACUUUGUUGGAGGCUCUGCAGAAGAACCAUAGCAUAGUGCAGCUGGAGAUGGCAGGGAACAACAUACCUAGUGACACACUCAAAGCACUUGAGCAGACCACAGGACACAACUCGGACAGACAGUCCACCCUGAGAGAGAGCCGCAGUAGGACCCAGGUCCUCAGCAAGGAGAUUCAGACACUAAAAGAGGAGAAGGGCCGGCAGUACCUUAGCCUGAUGAAUACCAUAGAUAGGCAGAGGGAGGAGAUGGGACGCUCCAACGGGUCCACCUCUAUUCAGAUAGGCCAACUCCAGGAAGCUCUGAAUGAGAGGAAGUCAGCUGUCAACUCCCUCACUGCGAAACUUCAGAUGACCGAGGCUGCCCUCGCCCUCUCGGAGCAGAAAAACCACAACAUGGGAGAGCUGCUGACACGAGUGAAGGCUGAGAAAGAAGAACAAAGGGAACGACAGAGCAGAGAGAGGAAGAAGGAGCAAGAGGACAGUGCUCACAGAGAGGGCAAACUCCUCCGAGAGAUCCAAAACCUGACAGAAACCAACGCCCAACUCAUGAAUAAAGUGGAGGAGAAGGAGCGGAGGUGUAAGUCUCAGCAGCAGCAGAUCUUUGAGCUGAAGCAGGAGCUGACCAAUAGCACGGCAGAGCUCAAGCUGCAGCUCACACAGGCAGAAGACCGUCUGGAAAUAGAGAAGCGAAGGUCCAAGCAAGCCCUGCAGGACAUGGACAGUCUCCGCCAGAAAGAGGUGGAGCAUAUGACUCGUCAUCUAGAAGAGAGCGAGAGGGCUCUGCAGGAACGCAUCUUCAAGCUGGAGGGACAGCGGAUACAACUGGAAGAGGAGCUGAGUAAAGCUAAAGCAGUGUGUGUGACGGAGAGGGCCCAGGCAGAGGAGGAACUGGGAAGAGUGCGAGCUCAAGCACGUCUGGAGGAGCAGGAGCUUGUGUCGGGCCUGGAGGAGAAGCUUCGCUCGGUGCGUUCCAACCUACAGGAGGUCCAGCUCCACUGCUCCCAGCAGAAACAGACCAUCUCUGAGCUGCAGGCCAAGAACAGCCAGCAGGGCAGCGAGAUAAACGCAAUGCGGCGCAGGACGGAGGAGCUCCAGCAGGACCUGUCUGCUAAGGACCAGGAGAAGGUGGCUGAAGUAAGCCGGGUGAAGGUGGAACUGCAGGAGCAGAUUGGACAUUUGCAGGCAGAAAGAACGGCACAGGGAGGACUCAAAGAGAAGAUCAGUGCUCUGGAGAGAGAGAUUAAAGUACUAAGCAGUAACCACAGAGAGGUGCUCCUGGACAAAGAGAGUGAGAUGUCUUCCAUGCUGGAGAAGCUGCGGCUGAAAGAGGCGGAGAUCCAGAGGAUGAGGGAAGACGAAGCCAACAGAGCCAGCUACCUGCAGAGCGCCAUCCUCACCUACGUUCAGGGCUCGCCUCUGGGACACUACAGCAGUCCCAAAAAAUGACCCACAGACCUCGACCCUCUCAGCUCUCGCACACUUCCUGCACAGGUCAGCACGGUCUGAAGAAUAAAACAAAAUCAUGAUUGUCUGGACCUGAAACAUUUGGAAAACACAGGGAAAUCAAGAGUGUAUUCUGUGCUGGGCAAUAUGACUGUGAUCUGUAAUCAUACCUAACACAGUGUGCAUAUCCAGUCAAGAAAUGAAGGGUUUAAAAAGUUUGGGGAAAAAAAGCGACUGGCCUGACAUCCAUGACAUUUGCAGGAUAUUCUUGGUCCCCAGAAGACAAAAAUUACUUACAAGAUAUAUUUUUGAUGCAUUUUUACACCUUAAGAUGAAUUUAGCACAUUAAUGCUCUUGAGGAGACAAAUUAUGCUCUUUCAUCUAUUGCUACCCUCGAAACAAACAUCAAAAAUAAUAAAAGGGGUAAAAACAGUAUCAGGGAACCAUACAUGCUAAGCAUCUCAAAAUGUCUACAAUUGCACAGAGUGCUUUGGUCUUAUUUUAAGAAAAUAUUUGAUUUGAGACUAAACUGCUGUUGAAAGGACAUUAAAUCUGCUAUGACCACAGCCCUGACUUAAUGUUUAACAUGUCCUUAGAUGUUUGCCAUUAAAAUUCCCACUCUCGUGCAUUUCGCUCUCCCAUUAACUGAGAUGUGCUGCGCUUAAAAUGAACUGUACAUUAUCAGCAUCAUUUGUAUCUGUUUUCGCUGUCCAACCCAUCCGCUUGCACUCAUUCUUUUUCUAAUCCAGUCUAAAUGAAACAAAAGCAGGGCACCAUUGUUAGUGUUUGCAUACAAAAUGAGAUUUGGUCCAAAUAUGUCUUAAUAUUGUAUCGGUCGUACCGGACAGCUGCCCCUCUCCAGCUCAGAUACAAAAUAAAGUCUGCUGUUUUUACAAAAUAUUUUACGAGAAAGUGCUAAUAAACUCUGGAUGUAUUUUUUUUUUUAUAAUACAAAUUGCUGUUUUAUAUCUUGAUAUUUUGUUUCAGAUAUGUAAUGGAUACUUGUCAUUUUAUUUUUUCAGGCGUGUUUUUACCAUUCUGCUGUUUUUGAUUACAUGUGUUUUUUUCUCAGUUAAAUGUGGUAAUUUCUAAAAUAAAUGUCUCAUAAAUUUU